AUGGCCGUCGACGAGCUUGUCAACCCGGCCUCCGGCUCCGUCCGCACAUCACACCCCGUCCAAGGGCUCCCCCGCGUCGUGCGCCACAUCACCGGCCACAACGCCGAGGGCAAGUCCAUCUUCCUGUCCACCGACGUGGGCGACCACCACCGCGACCUGGGCGACAAGUCGGCCAUCUCCAACAUUGUCUACUCGACCAACCAGGUCCCCGUGGAGCUCAACGGCGAUGUGGACGUCAAGUACGCCCGCGAAAACGAAGUAAGUUUUUGUUUGCCCUCUCCAACGAGCAAAGCAUCUUUGUCAAGCACCACCAUCCCUCCUAACCAUCCCCCCGAACAGCCCGGCAUCACCGUCAAGGGCGGCUCCGUCUGCCGCAUGAUCGACUUCGGCCCCGGCGCCGUCUCGCCCAUGCACCGCGUCAACAGCAUCGACUACGCCAUCGUGCUCGAGGGCGUCUUCAAGAUGAUUCUCGACUCGGGCGAGGAGCGCAUCAUGCAGCGCGGCGACAUCGCGAUCCAGCGCGCCACCGCCCACCGCUGGAUCAACGUCACCGGCAACGGCCUGCUGGCCGCCCGCAUGCUCUUCGUCCUGCUCGAUGUCAACGACGUCCACGUCGCCGGCGACAAGGUCGAGGGCUACCUCGGCGAGCUGGGCAAGGACUACGCCGGGCUCCCCGGCCACGAGAAGGCCGAGAACGACAAGGUCGAGGUCCAGAUCUCUGAGAAGCAGCCCGUCGUGCCUGUGGCCGUUGAGGUGAAUGGGACUUCUGGUGAUUACUACGAUAGCGAAUUCUAG